GGAUAGCCAUGAAAUGUAAUUCUUUUUUAUAAAGAAAUGAAAGAAGCGCUGCUACAGCGAGUCAGCCGCUCGUCCAGAGCGCAAAGAACGGGGGACUCGGUCCUGGCACCCUUCCUCUUCUUGGCUUGACUCCUUGGCUUGAGUUCGGAUCCUCCCCAGCCCCUCCGGGCAUCAUCCGCCUCUUUCUCCGAGUGACAGCCGCGCAUCGGGCUUCAGUUUCACUUUGCGGGCGACUUUCCAACCAGAACAGGCGGCUCCGAAAUUGGAAAGAAAGGAUCGGCUUACUGGGGGGUGGGUGGGGGGAAUCUGCGCAAAGAAACCCUGAAACUGCAAAAGAAAAGUACAGCUACUUCAAAUCUCCUCCUGGUAGCAGGGCACCAAGAUCCACAGCUAUGGAAGACUUCAAGGCAGCCAUUUAUCAUGGGCAACUGACGGAUGCUUUGUCUAACAUGCUGACAAAACCCCUACCGUCUUUUAAUAACACUCUGCUCAACAUUGCUGUAGCAGGAGAGCCAGGGUCUGGGAAGUCCUCCUUCGUCAAUGCCAUGCUAGGCCUCCAACCGGGGGACCCAGGGGCUGCCGAGACUGGUAUAGGAGCAACCACGCUGGAGGCCAAGCCUUAUCGUCACCCAUUGCUUCCACAGGUCACCCUUUGGGACCUCCCAGGUAAAGGAGGAUCGCCUUUUGGGGAGGACCCUUUUGCUAAGGUAGACUUAAACCGCUUUGAUUUCUUCAUCGUCGUUGGCUUCCAGCGCUUCCGGACCACCCAUGCCGACUUGGUCCAUGAGAUCCAAAGUUUGGGCAAGCGAUUCUACUUUGUGCGCACCAAAGCAGACCUGGAUCUAGAGGCAUCCAAGAGGCAGCAACCCUCUGCCUACAACGAGGAGGAGAUUCUGCAACACAUCAAGGAAGAUUGCAACCGAGGCUUAAGAAGAGAAGGAGUCACCGACCCUCAGGUCUUCAUAGUGUCCACCUGGGAAACCAACCGGUUUGAUUUUCCUCUCCUACAGGAAAGGCUGAAGGAGGAUCUCUUGAGGCUGAAGAGGCAAGCUUUCAUCUCCAACUUGCCCAACAUCUGUUUACCUGUCUUAGAGCAGAAGAAAGCCAGUAUGAAGAAGCGGAUCUGGGCCAAAGCCCUUUGGUUGGGUGUCAUUGCUGCUCUUCCAGUCCCCGGUCUCUCGUUCUUUCCUGCCCUGUAUCUGUGUAUGAAGUUCCACACUUGGUGCUACCAUAACUUUGGCCUGGAUGAUCCGUCCCUCGCCAACCUUGCUAAGUUGGUUGGGAAGACGGCGAUGGCCCUUAAAGCCGCAACGAAGCCUCUAACAACCGCCUCGGUGGCUUUGUGGAGGCUGACCGACUUGGUGGGAGCCUCUGUGAUGAUAGUGGAGUAUUUCCACUGGCAUCAUUUCCCCAUUAUUGGAUGCAUGGUCUCUGGGGGAAUCUCCUUUCUCUCCUCCUCCUUCUUGCUACGGAAAUGCAUCUCAGCGGUCGCCGGUGACACCCACAGGGUUCUGAUUGAAGCAGUGAAGGGAGAAGGAAAGAAGUCCAUUUAGCCGCAGUCGGCUCUGCCUUUUCCGAAAUCAUGUUUCACCAAAGCAGAUGAUCAAGACGGCAAGCCCUAAACUCGGCGUGCUGAGAAGAUCGGGCUGGCCUUUGACGUUUCACCUACCCUAGCUGAUUGCCAAGUUUCAAUGCACUCUUUGCUUGGCUUGAUUUUAUAACUUUUCUAGUGAAACGUGGUUUUCUCUGAUUUGAUCCUCUUAAGAUGUUUGUAAGCUCUGGUGAGCAUUAUAUCUGCUAUUGGAAAAGCGGUAUAUACAUUAAAUAAUUAAUUAUAAACAAACAAACCU